CAUGUAUGACAAUUUGUUUUACAGGGAGCCUUCAAGUCGUAGCAUAAGGCUCACACUUGCCUCCACUAUGAUCCGACUGCUUGGGACCCGAGUGGUUUAUGAAGAUUCCACUGUAUGCUCCCCUCCUCGCACAUUCUGUAGUAGUAACCUAUCAAAGGCAGAGAUGGAAUCAAUGUUUGAUCCUUCCGCUAGUGAAGCCCUAUUUGACCGCUUUCUGUUUGUACUGCACGGGCUGCUAAGCAAUCACCAACCCUGCUGGCUAAAGACGAGGCCAGUGUCAAAGCCACUCAAUGAAUCUCCCAAAGAUUUUUCCCCGUUUGAUCGUGACUCAGCAGAGAGUUUGCAGAAUGAGCUGGAACGGAUGCAGUUGCCAGACACUGUGAGAUGGCGGAUCCAAGCUGCGAUGCCAAUCCUCCUCCCGUAUCAGCGAUGUUCUCUCAUGUGCCAGCCUCUUGCUGUUGUACCUGCUACUGCACUCUCACUCCUUCAACCCUCUUUGGCAAGCGGGUUCACCCCUGGAGCUUCUUCUACUCCACCUCAGAGAAAUUCUAUUUCGAUGGCAAAAAUGGGAAACACAGCUCAAGGAAAGCUGAGGCAAACCCCAGCGGCUCAGCAGCAACAGGAACUGGACAGCACAGAGAUAGACCCGUGGAUGCUUCUUGAGGAUGGCACGGGUUCAGGUCCAUCAAGCAAUGGGUCAAGCAGCGACCACGUCAAUCUUCGAGCCGCCAGUUGGCUGAAAGGCGCAGUAAGGGUCAGACGAACUGAGCUGACUUACAUUGGUUCCGUGGAUGAGGACAGCUGAUUCUAGUUUUGUGGUAUUCAUUUAUACUUUAAUCGGAGCUCUACAGUUGAGCAACCCCCUUCACCCCCCAAGAACGAGUGACCGGAAAAGCUUUGAUGUUUGGUUAUCUAUAACUCAUGGCAAUCAUUUUUUGAGGGGUUUCGAUACGCUCGGAGACACGGGUGAUUCAGACAACAAACAGUCCACAAGACCUGAGAAGUUAUCAACGAGGAGAUCUCUGCCUGUGCAGUUAAGAGUUUUUGAGGAUCUGGGUCUGAACGUGUGUUUUUAACUACUAACCCAUUUGCUGCUGGUCGUAGCGCUCGCCACUUGUCACUUGAUCCGGACCAAUCCCAUCAUCUGCAAUUGGUCCGGAAGCCUGUUGUAUAUAGAGGGAUGGAUAAUUGGUUUCCGGUUCUUGUUCGAUUGAUAGUAAAAUUAUUCCGAGAAUCAUAUGUAGCUUUGUUUCCAUUUCUUAUUGAUCUCAUCUUUAUUCUC